AUGGACCGGUUGGACCAACUGGCAUGUUGGUCCUAUGGACCGGUUGGACCAACUGGCCUGUUGGCCGAAUGGACCGGUUGGACCAACUGGCCUGUUGGUCCUAUGGACCGGUUGGACCAACUGGCCUGUUGGUCCUAUGGACCGGGUGGACCAACUGGCCUGUUGGUCCUAUGGACCGGUUGGACCAACUGGCCUGUUGGUCCUCUGGACCGGUUGGACCAACUGGCUUGUUGGUCCUGUGGACCGGUUGGACCAACUGGCCUGUUGGUCCUGUGGACCGGUUGGACCAACUGGCCUGUUGGUCCUGUGGACCGGUUGGACCAACUGGCCUGUUGGUCCUAUGGACCGGUUGGACCAACUGGCCUGUUGGUCCUGUGGACCGGUUGGACCAACUGGCCUGUUGGUCCUGUGGACCGGUUGGACCAACUGGCCUGUUGGUCCUAUGGACCGGUUGGACCAACUGGCCUGUUGGUCCUAUGGACCGGUUGGACCAACUGGCCUGUUGGUCCUAUGGACCGGUUGGACCAACUGGCAUGUUGGUCCUGUGGACCGGUUGGACCAACUGGCCUGUUGGUCCUAUGGACCGGUUGGACCAACUGGCCUGUUGGUCCUAUGGACCGGUUGGACCAACUGGCCUGUUGGUCCUGUAGACCGGUUGGACCAACUGGCCUGUUGGUCCUAUGGACCGGUUGGACCAACUGGCCUGUUGGUCCUAUGGACCGGUUGGACCAACUGGCCUGUUGGUCCUCUGGACCGGUUGGACCAACUGGCUUGUUGGUCCUCUGGACCGGUUGGACCAACUGGCCUGUUGGUCCUCUGGACCGGUUGGACCAACUGGCCUGUUGGUCCUGUGGACCGGUUGGACCAACUGGCCUGUUGGUCCUGUGGACCGGUUGGACCAACUGGCCUGUUGGUCCUGUGGACCGGUUGGACCAACUGGCCUGUUGGUCCUCUGGACCGGUUGGACCAACUGGCCUGUUGGUCCUGUGGACCGGUUGGACCAACUGGCCUGUUGGUCCUGUGGACCGGUUGGACCAACUGGCCUGUUGGUCCUGUGGACCGGUUGGACCAACUGGCCUGUUGGUCCUAUGGACCGGUUGGACCAACUGGCCUGUUGGUCCUGUGGACCGGUUGGACCAACAGGCCUGUUGGUCCUGUGGACCGGUUGGACCAACUGGCCUGUUGGUCCUGUGGACCGGUUGGACCAACAGGCCUGUUGGUCCUAUGGACCGGUUGGACCAACUGGCCUGUUGGUCCUAUGGACCGGUUGGACCAACAGGCCUGUUGGUCCUAUGGACCGGUUGGACCAACUGGCCUGUUGGUCCUAUGGACCGGUUGGACCAACUGGCCUGUUGGUCCUAUGGACCGGUUGGACCAACUGGCCUGUUGGUCCUAUGGACCGGUUGGACCAACUGGCCUGUUGGUCCUAUGGACCGGUUGGACCAACUGGCGUGUUGGUCCUAUGGACCGGUUGGACCAACUGGCCUGUUGGUCCUCUGGACCGGUUGGACCAACUGGCGUGUUGGUCCUGUGGACCGGUUGGACCAACUGGCCUGUUGGUCCUGUGGACCGGUUGGACCAACUGGCGUGUUGGUCCUGUGGACCGGUUGGACCAACUGGCCUGUUGGUCCUGUGGACCGGUUGGACCAACUGGCCUGUUGGUCCUGUGGACCGGUUGGACCAACUGGCCUGUUGGUCCUGUGGACCGGUUGGACCAACUGGCCUGUUGGUCCUGUGGACCGGUUGGACCAACUGGCCUGUUGGUCCUGUGGACCGGUUGGACCAACUGGCCUGUUGGUCCUCUGGACCGGUUGGACCAACUGGCAUGUUGGUCCUAUGGACCGGUUGGACCAACUGGCCUGUUGGUCCUAUGGACCGGUUGGACCAACUGGCAUGUUGGUCCUGUGGACCGGUUGGACCAACUGGCUUGUUGGUCCUGUGGACCGGUUGGACCAACUGGCCUGUUGGUCCUGUGGACCGGUUGGACCAACUGGCGUGUUGGUCCUGUGGACCGGUUGGACCAACUGGCCUGUUGGUCCUGUGGACCGGUUGGACCAACUGGCCUGUUGGUCCUGUGGACCGGUUGGACCAACUGGCCUGUUGGUCCUGUGGACCGGUUGGACCAACUGGCCUGUUGGUCCUGUGGACCGGUUGGACCAACUGGCCUGUUGGUCCUGUGGACCGGUUGGACCAACUGGCCUGUUGGUCCUGUGGACCGGUUGGACCAACUGGCCUGUUGGUCCUGUGGACCGGUUGGACCAACUGGCCUGUUGGUCCUGUGGACCGGUUGGACCAACUGGCCUGUUGGUCCUGUGGACCGGUUGGACCAACUGGCCUGUUGGUCCUGUGGACCGGUUGGACCAACUGGCCUGUUGGUCCUGUGGACCGGUUGGACCAACUGGCCUGUUGGUCCUGUGGACCGGUUGGACCAACUGGCCUGUUGGUCCUGUGGACCGGUUGGACCAACUGGCCUGUUGGUCCUGUGGACCGGUUGGACCAACUGGCCUGUUGGUCCUGUGGACCGGUUGGACCAACUGGCCUGUUGGUCCUAUGGACCGGUUGGACCAACUGGCCUGUUGGUCCUAUGGACCGGUUGGACCAACUGGCCUGUUGGUCCUAUGGACCGGUUGGACCAACUGGCCUGUUGGUCCUCUGGACCGGUUGGACCAACUGGCAUGUUGGUCCUAUGGACCGGUUGGACCAACUGGCCUGUUGGUCCUAUGGACCGGUUGGACCAACUGGCCUGUUGGUCCUAUGGACCGGUUGGACCAACUGGCCUGUUGGUCCUAUAGACCGGUUGGACCAACUGGCCUGUUGGCCGAAUGGACCGGUUGGACCAACUGGCCUAUUGGUCCUAUGAACCGGUUGGACCAACUGGCCUGUUGGUCCUAUGGACCGGUUGGACCAACUGGCCUGUUGGUCCUAUGGACCGGUUGGACCAACUGGCCUGUUGGUCCUCUGGACCGGUUGGACCAACUGGCCUGUUGGUCCUCUGGACCGGUUGGACCAACUGGCCUGUUGGUCCUCUGGACCGGUUGGACCAACUGGCCUGUUGGUCCUCUGGACCGGUUGGACCAACUGGCCUGUUGGUCCUGUGGACCGGUUGGACCAACUGGCCUGUUGGUCCUGUGGACCGGUUGGACCAACUGGCCUGUUGGUCCUGUGGACCGGUUGGACCAACUGGCCUGUUGGUCCUGUGGACCGGUUGGACCAACUGGCCUGUUGGUCCUGUGGACCGGUUGGACCAACUGGCCUGUUGGUCCUGUGGACCGGUUGGACCAACUGGCCUGUUGGUCCUGUGGACCGGUUGGACCAACAGGCCUGUUGGUCCUGUGGACCGGUUGGACCAACUGGCCUGUUGGUCCUAUGGACCGGUUGGACCAACUGGCCUGUUGGUCCUAUGGACCGGUUGGACCAACUGGCCUGUUGGUCCUAUGGACCGGUUGGACCAACUGGCCUGUUGGUCCUAUGGACCGGUUGGACCAACUGGCAUGUUGGUCCUAUGGACCGGUUGGACCAACUGGCCUGUUGGUCCUAUGGACCGGUUGGACCAACUGGCCUGUUGGUCCUAUGGACCGACCGGUUGGACCAACUGGCCUGUUGGCCGAAUGGACCGGUUGGACCAACUGGCCUAUUGGUCCUAUGAACCGGUUGGACCAACUGGCCUGUUGGCCGAAUGGACCGGUUGGACCAACUGGCCUGUUGGUCCUGUGGACCGGUUGGACCAACUGGCCUGUUGGUCCUGUGGACUGGUUGGACCAACUGGCCUGUUGGUCCUGUGGACCGGUUGGACCAACUGGCCUGUUGGUCCUGUGGACCGGUUGGACCAACUGGCCUGUUGGUCCUGUGGACCGGUUGGACCAACUGGCCUGUUGGUCCUGUGGACCGGUUGGACCAACUGGCCUGUUGGUCCUGUGGACCGGUUGGACCAACUGGCCUGUUGGUCCUGUGGACCGGUUGGACCAACUGGCCUGUUGGUCCUGUGGACCGGUUGGACCAACUGGCCUGUUGGUCCUGUGGACCGGUUGGACCAACUGGCCUGUUGGUCCUGUGGACCGGUUGGACCAACUGGCCUGUUGGUCCUGUGGACCGGUUGGACCAACUGGCCUGUUGGUCCUGUGGACCGGUUGGACCAACUGGCCUGUUGGUCCUGUGGACCGGUUGGACCAACUGGCCUGUUGGUCCUGUGGACCGGUUGGACCAACUGGCCUGUUGGUCCUAUGGACCGGUUGGACCAACUGGCCUGUUGGUCCUGUGGACCGGUUGGACCAACAGGCCUGUUGGUCCUGUGGACCGGUUGGACCAACUGGCCUGUUGGUCCUGUGGACCGGUUGGACCAACAGGCCUGUUGGUCCUAUGGACCGGUUGGACCAACUGGCCUGUUGGUCCUAUGGACCGGUUGGACCAACAGGCCUGUUGGUCCUAUGGACCGGUUGGACCAACUGGCCUGUUGGUCCUAUGGACCGGUUGGACCAACAGGCCUGUUGGUCCUAUGGACCGGUUGGACCAACUGGCCUGUUGGUCCUAUGGACCGGUUGGACCAACUGGCCUGUUGGUCCUAUGGACCGGUUGGACCAACUGGCCUGUUGGUCCUAUGGACCGGUUGGACCAACUGGCCUGUUGGUCCUCUGGACCGGUUGGACCAACUGGCGUGUUGGUCCUGUGGACCGGUUGGACCAACUGGCCUGUUGGUCCUGUGGACCGGUUGGACCAACUGGCGUGUUGGUCCUGUGGACCGGUUGGACCAACUGGCCUGUUGGUCCUGUGGACCGGUUGGACCAACUGGCCUGUUGGUCCUGUGGACCGGUUGGACCAACUGGCCUGUUGGUCCUGUGGACCGGUUGGACCAACUGGCCUGUUGGUCCUGUGGACCGGUUGGACCAACUGGCCUGUUGGUCCUGUGGACCGGUUGGACCAACUGGCCUGUUGGUCCUGUGGACCGGUUGGACCAACUGGCCUGUUGGUCCUGUGGACCGGUUGGACCAACUGGCCUGUUGGUCCUCUGGACCGGUUGGACCAACUGGCAUGUUGGUCCUAUGGACCGGUUGGACCAACUGGCCUGUUGGUCCUAUGGACCGGUUGGACCAACUGGCAUGUUGGUCCUGUGGACCGGUUGGACCAACUGGCUUGUUGGUCCUGUGGACCGGUUGGACCAACUGGCCUGUUGGUCCUGUGGACCGGUUGGACCAACUGGCCUGUUGGUCCUGUGGACCGGUUGGACCAACUGGCCUGUUGGUCCUGUGGACCGGUUGGACCAACUGGCCUGUUGGUCCUGUGGACCGGUUGGACCAACUGGCCUGUUGGUCCUGUGGACCGGUUGGACCAACUGGCCUGUUGGUCCUGUGGACCGGUUGGACCAACUGGCCUGUUGGUCCUGUGGACCGGUUGGACCAACUGGCCUGUUGGUCCUGUGGACCGGUUGGACCAACUGGCCUGUUGGUCCUGUGGACCGGUUGGACCAACUGGCCUGUUGGUCCUGUGGACCGGUUGGACCAACUGGCCUGUUGGUCCUGUGGACCGGUUGGACCAACUGGCCUGUUGGUCCUGUGGACCGGUUGGACCAACUGGCCUGUUGGUCCUGUGGACCGGUUGGACCAACUGGCCUGUUGGUCCUGUGGACCGGUUGGACCAACUGGCCUGUUGGUCCUGUGGACCGGUUGGACCAACUGGCCUGUUGGUCCUGUGGACCGGUUGGACCAACUGGCCUGUUGGUCCUGUGGACCGGUUGGACCAACUGGCCUGUUGGUCCUGUGGACCGGUUGGACCAACUGGCCUGUUGGUCCUAUGGACCGGUUGGACCAACUGGCCUGUUGGUCCUAUGGACCGGUUGGACCAACUGGCCUGUUGGUCCUAUGGACCGGUUGGACCAACUGGCCUGUUGGUCCUCUGGACCGGUUGGACCAACUGGCAUGUUGGUCCUAUGGACCGGUUGGACCAACUGGCCUGUUGGUCCUAUGGACCGGUUGGACCAACUGGCCUGUUGGUCCUAUGGACCGGUUGGACCAACUGGCCUGUUGGUCCUAUAGACCGGUUGGACCAACUGGCCUGUUGGCCGAAUGGACCGGUUGGACCAACUGGCCUAUUGGUCCUAUGAACCGGUUGGACCAACUGGCCUGUUGGUCCUAUGGACCGGUUGGACCAACUGGCCUGUUGGUCCUAUGGACCGGUUGGACCAACUGGCCUGUUGGUCCUCUGGACCGGUUGGACCAACUGGCCUGUUGGUCCUCUGGACCGGUUGGACCAACUGGCCUGUUGGUCCUCUGGACCGGUUGGACCAACUGGCCUGUUGGUCCUCUGGACCGGUUGGACCAACUGGCCUGUUGGUCCUGUGGACCGGUUGGACCAACUGGCCUGUUGGUCCUGUGGACCGGUUGGACCAACUGGCCUGUUGGUCCUGUGGACCGGUUGGACCAACUGGCCUGUUGGUCCUGUGGACCGGUUGGACCAACUGGCCUGUUGGUCCUGUGGACCGGUUGGACCAACUGGCCUGUUGGUCCUGUGGACCGGUUGGACCAACUGGCCUGUUGGUCCUGUGGACCGGUUGGACCAACUGGCCUGUUGGUCCUGUGGACCGGUUGGACCAACUGGCCUGUUGGUCCUAUGGACCGGUUGGACCAACUGGCCUGUUGGUCCUAUGGACCGGUUGGACCAACUGGCCUGUUGGUCCUAUGGACCGGUUGGACCAACUGGCCUGUUGGUCCUAUGGACCGGUUGGACCAACUAGCAUGUUGGUCCUAUGGACCGGUUGGACCAACUGGCCUGUUGGUCCUAUGGACCGGUUGGACCAACUGGCCUGUUGGUCCUAUGGACCGGUUGGACCAACUGGCCUAUUGGUCCUAUGAACCGGUUGGACCAACUGGCCUGUUGGCCGAAUGGACCGGUUGGACCAACUGGCCUGUUGGUCCUGUGGACCGGUUGGACCAACUGGCCUGUUGGUCCUGUGGACCGGUUGGACCAACUGGCCUGUUGGUCCUGUGGACCGGUUGGACCAACUGGCCUGUUGGUCCUCUGGACCGGUUGGACCAACUGGCCUGUUGGUCCUCUGGACCGGUUGGACCAACUGGCCUGUUGGUCCUCUGGACCGGUUGGACCAACUGGCCUGUUGGUCCUAUAGACCGGUUGGACCAACUGGCCUGUUGGCCGAAUGGACCGGUUGGACCAACUGGCCUAUUGGUCCUAUGA